UUGUAAUGCAAAUGUCAGGUGUGUCGCCUAUCGGCGGGCUAGGCUGACUAUGAGUUCUCCAAAACUAAACGAAAGAUGUGCAAGCAGCAUGAGCAACGGCAAAAAACAUCUGAGCACUGAUUCCAAAGACGAUUCCCUCGAUAACUCUAUACGGGAAUCAAUUAAGUCUGAACGUGCUGGAGGAAAAUCAGAAGAGGACUGCCGAAGACGCACCAUCAUUGUUGAGAAGAAAAAUGGAAGCUACGGGUUCACACUGCAGAGCUACGGCAUCCACUAUAAAAAGGAGCAAGAAAUAGAGGUGAUAACAUAUGUGGACCACGUUGAAGCAGAUGGCCCUGCCGCCGCGGCGGGCAUGCGAGAGGGAGACGUGAUCCUCUCCAUCAACGGAACAGACGUGGAGCGCGCAGACCAUGCUACCAUCGUCGCUGCCAUCAGCUCUUGCGAUUCGCGUAUGCGUAUCGUAGUAAUCUUUGAAGACUGUGUACGCAAAGUUGAACUCCACCUCAAGUACAUCAACAUCCAACGUACUCUGCAAUCGAAAAUGCGGGAACUCGAACAAUUAAGCAUUCGUGAGAGACAGGUUUAUGACACAAAUUGGAAAACGCACAGUUUACCUUCACAAAAGAAAAAAUCUUCUCCGUCAGAUAUUAUUUCGGACAGCGAGGAAAAUAAUAUAACUGAUAGUAUUAAUAGUGUUUACUGUCGACCUACACUGUCGAGUGAGAACGUUACUGCCGCUAAGCCCCCUCAAACGAACGUGUUCAUGUAUCAGUAUUUAGACCCAAGAUACGGUGCGUGUAUUAUUCAACCGAAUUUGCGGACCGGUGGCUUUGUAAUAACUGUAGGAUCGCCGAGGAAUAGACGCGAAUGCCAUCAUUAUGUUGUCAAAACUUCCGGUGAAUGUCACCGAGCUUCUGAGGAGUAUAAGCCCGCUAAUGGAAAGCACACUAAAACACACAGAAGCAGUCAUAGUCACGGAUGUGCGCCAUGUAUGCCGGCCUACAACAACCAAGAUGCGAACAGUCUUGAAGCCUACGACCUUGCUAGUCCUUGCUGUGAUCCACACUGUGUUCCAAACUCUAGAAAGAAAGUUCGCAGAAAGAAAGAAUGUUCUAAGGAGCAUAAAAGGAAAGAGAAAGGUCAGCAAGUCGACAAAUCAACUCAAAAACCUGAUACAAUCUUACAUAAUCACGCGAAAAAGGUUUGUAGCUCAGGACACUGUUCCAAUCGAUAUCGUUAUUUGACAACUGAAUCGACCCAAACAAGCCAAUGCAGUUUACAAUCAUAUGCUACUAGUAACGCGACUAUACCUUGUGAUAACUCAGCUUCUAGCUACAGCACUUCACUCAGUAGCGAUACACUGUUUUGGGACAACGACCGCUCAGAGGCAAAAUCGUCUCCCAAGAUCCAAUAUCAAAGUGCACACCAGCACGUAAAACCAAAGUCUUGGGAUAAUUUGGCAACGAAAGCUAUAGGAGGCUAUGGCUUUGGUUAUGGUUACUUAGAUACGAGUGUUAAGCACCAGAAUCGAUCAAAGAGCCAUGGUCGAAGUCACAGCGGACGCAGCACGCAAAUCCAUCACGAUUGCCAGCAUCAUGCUCAGGAAAAGCACACUCACAGACAGAAUGGAACGCCGCAUCACUACCCUGUUUACGGAAGGAGCCAUAGUCAUUGCCCUCCAACUAAGUCUACAGAAAGUUUAAUCGUAGUCCCGAAAUAUCAAUUGGAGAGUAGUGGUUCAGAAAGUCGUCUGGCAUGCGAUUGCGGUGAUGGAACCGAAUAUUAUCGCCGUGUUGGUCCUUCCAAGAGCCCCGGGGAUUCCCAUCCCACAUAUUACUCGCAGCGCUUCGUAUAUCAUGCUCACUCGUAUAAAAAGAAAGACACAAAUGUGAGCUCCGAAAUAACUAGAUUAUAAGGACCCAGUAAACAUUUGCUCAACUCGAAGGAGCUACUUAUAUUAUAUUAAAUAAUUUUUU